AUGUCUGAGAUUGGUAUAGACAUUGAAAAAUGGAAAAGUGAAUAUCCCUUUUUUAAUCAUGUAUGGAAAAUGUAUGAGGAUUUUGAGAAAAAUGUUAGUGAUGAUGACAAAGAUCAUUAUUUCUAUGAAACAACUUGUAAAGUAAUUUUUGGAAGAAACAAUGAUUAUAUCAUUAAGUACAAUAAAUAUUGUAUGAAACUUCUUAGAAAUUUAGGAGUAUAUUCUGAUGAUCCAAGUAUAUAUAAACCUAAUAGUGAACGUUGUAAAAAUUUAUACAACUGGUUACAUUACAUGAUAAUGAAACAUAAUAUUCCUGAUGAUAUUAUUAUUAAGAUAUUCCAAAAAGCUAAAGAUUUAACAUCUAAUAACCCUAUGAUGGAAAUAUGUGAUUAUAAUUAUAAUAAAAACAUUAAAAAAGCAGAAAACAUAAUAAAAUUAUUAAAUUUACAAUAUAAUAUUAAUAUUGUUGAGGGGAUAUUAGCGGGGGAGAAAAUUAAUGAUUAUUGUCUGUGUGAAAAAUACAUUAAUGAAUGUGUUAAUAUAUAUAAAAGUAUAAAAAAUAUGUAUUGUUCAGAACCUACAGAUAAACAAACUAACAGUGAGACUUGUUCACAUGUACAAUCGUUUGAAAGUACUUAUAACAAUUUUCUUUUUUAUAAGCAGCAAUUUCAAGAUAAUAUACCAUCAUUAACGUCUAGCAAUAAUGAAUAUGUUGGCAAAUGUGAAGCAACAAAAAGCAGCCCAGUGCCAAUUUCCACUGAAAGAGACAGUUCGGCUAAUCCUAAAAAAAUUAGUGUAACCGGUGCUCUUGGAACAAUAGCUGGAGUAUCCUCCGUAUUAGCGUUAUUAUAUAAGGUUAACUGA